AGGUCGAAAAGAGAAAUGCCUCUAACAGAAGGAUCCGGUCGCAAAAUUGGCAGUCCUAUCUACAAAAGGAGUCCAGAUAUUACCAAAACCUGGGGUACAAAGUCAGAGCAGCUGCUGAGGAUAGAAGACCAUGACUUCACAAUGCGACCAGGAUUUGGAGGGCCUGCAGUCCCAGUUGGAGUUGACGUUCAGGUUGAAAGCCUGGAUGCUAUUUCAGAGGUUGAUAUGGACUUUACUAUGACCUUGUAUCUGAGGCACUACUGGAAAGAUGAACGUCUAUCCUUCCGAAGCAACAAGAACCAGAGCAUGACCUUUGACGGCCGCCUGGUAAAGAAGAUCUGGGUACCUGACAUGUUUUUUGUCCACUCUAAGAAGUCCUUCACACAUGACACCACCACUGACAAUGUCAUGCUGAGAGUCUACCCAGAUGGCAAAGUCCUCUACAGCCUCAGGGUGACGGUCACAUCCAUGUGCAGCAUGGACCUGAGUCGCUUUCCUCUCGACACACAGACAUGCUCUUUGGAGAUAGAAAGCUAUGCGUACACAGAUGAUGACCUAAUGUUGUACUGGAAGGAAGGGAACCGCUCAUUAAACACAGACGAGAGAAUAUCUCUCUCUCAGUUCCUCAUUCAGGAGUUCCACACCACCACCAAGCUGGCCUUCUACAGCAGCACAGGCUGGUACAACCGUCUGUACAUCAACUUCACUCUGCGGCGUCACAUCUUCUUUUUCCUGCUGCAGACCUACUUCCCUGCCACUCUGAUGGUCAUGUUGUCCUGGGUGUCCUUCUGGAUCGACCGCAGGGCCGUCCCUGCUAGAGUGCCGUUAGGUAUAACCACAGUGCUCACCAUGUCUACCAUCAUCACUGGAGUCAACGCCUCCAUGCCCAGGGUCUCCUACAUCAAAGCUGUGGAUAUUUACCUCUGGGUCAGUUUUGUCUUUGUCUUCCUGUCAGUGAUCGAGUAUGCUGCUGUCAACUACCUGUCUACACUGCAAGAACGUAAGGAGAGGAAACUCAGAGAUAGGCUGCCGUGUACCUGUGGUAUAGCCCAUCCUGGCAUGAUGUCAGCUAGCUACAGUGAGGUGGAUGCCAACAACACAGGGAACUACGGCAUGCCAGAAGAGAACGGGGUGAAGCGGGAGAGGAUGCUGGUGCAGCUGGCAAUGGAGAGUGACCCUAUCACUGGCCAUGUUGGCUCCAGCGCCUACAGCAACGUCUGGAUCGACACACACGCCAUAGACAAGUACUCACGGGUCAUCUUUCCUGGAUCUUACAUCCUCUUCAACAUCAUCUACUGGUCUAUCUACUGCUAGCACAGAUGGGAUUCAAACAGACCUGUGGGUAUCUGAGGUUGCAUUUGACAAGUCUGCCUCCCUGCUUCGUCUAAGUGGUUAAGAGAUGCACUUGUAGUGAAGUGGAAACUUGUGCACUGAACCUGCAGUUUCAGGGUUUUGUGUUUUCAAAUUUGAAAGAUAGAAAAUGGAACUGACAGCUCCAAAGAAAGACUGGUGUGUAAUACAGGUCUUCAGAUAGACCCAACCCUCCAAAAACAGGCUCAUGUCAGGUUUUGAUCUAACAGAGGUAGGUCUAGGUUCCACACUUUCUAGUUCAACUCAGUUUAUGGCUCUGUGCAAAAGUCUCAGUGAGUAGAACCUAUGAGGAUACAAGGACUGUCUCACAGGAGCAAAUAUAGCCGAAACACAACAUAUUACCCAAUAUUUCUUCAUCAAAGCACAGAUUGUGCCUGUUACAUUAAGACUAUUGAAUGUUUGCCUAGAUGCAGCUAAAAUUUUGAAUUUUGACAGGUUAUCUGCCAAUUUCAUAUUUAAGGAUUUUCCCAACAGGCUCAGAGUUGUAUAAGCUCUUAAAAAGGGCUUAAAACACAUUGUAGCCAGCACUUCAGUAAAUACUGAGUGUGAACUACUUUUUCUGGCCUCAGGUUCAUUUGGCUCUGUUUGGGUUUGGUUCAGUUGCUGUGUAUCUUUGAAAGGACAGCUCCAUCUUAGGGUGUUUCGUUUGCUCUGGUCCAAAUCAAUGGAUGAGUUGGAAAACUUGGUUCAGUUUCUUUUCACACAGAGAGAAAUCCAAGCGACCCAAAAUCAUCACUACAAGCCACAUGAGAACGUUCACUCCACUUAUUGGUCAGUUGUGUCUGGGGCGGGUGCAAGAACGUAAACACAGGAAGACGGUCCCGAAGAAGGUCCACUGGCCAAAUACAACAUAUUACAUUGAAAUAGUCCAGGUUGGACCUCAAUUAAUUUUCUGGCUAGUUGUUAGCAAUUGUUAAAUUCGCUCAUCUGCAUCCCAGCAUGCAAAGCACACCUGGCUACAGGAGCCAUUUUGCUCUCUCACAGUAUACCUAGUAGUUGGAUCGGAUCAAGGUCAGAUCACGUUCCCACCACAAACAAACAAACCGAGACCACCUCCUAUAAAGGGUCUUGGUAUGGUUGCU